GUAUACUUAAGUAUUAUCUCUAAUUUACUGAGCGCCAUUUUUUUUUUCACGAGAAGAUAUUAUAAUACACAUUGUAAUUUCAAAUAUGGAGAAAUUAUACAAAUUAUAAUUUCAAAUUAGGAAGAAUUAGAUGUACAAUUGUAAACAGUGUGAUUUUGCUCUACCUACUAUUAAUGCGUACAUUAAUCACUGUCGUUUACAUUCUAUGGAACCAAGAUUCAGGGUUGCAUGCUGUGUUUCUGGAUGUUUUCAAAGCUUUUAUACUUUUUGGAAUUUAAAAAAACAUAUCUACCGCAAUCAUGGUCAAAAUAAGUUUAAUGCAAGAUUAACUUAUUUAAAUAAUAAAGUUAUUUCAUUGUCUUGCCAAGUUCCUAUGUGUGGUGCGAAAUGCAAGGAUCAGACUGCAUUGUUUAUUCAUUUAAAUUACCAUAUUAGGGAUGGUACAGCAAUUCAAUGCCCAAUAUGACAAGCAUAUUGGGUGGCUGCAAGAUCAUCACAAUUUGCCCUCUUCGUUAUGGAAUGUUUAUGAAAUAGAAAGGCUACAUUCUUUAACUUAUCCUUCACAGCGUGCUGAUAUAGUCGGAUUAAAUGCACUGAAAAUAGUAUCGUUAGUGGCUAAAUGGCCAUUUCUAUUUAAAGCCAAUUGGUUUUUACAUCAUUUUAAAACAUUAACUGGAGUUGACAUAGCUUUUAUAUUUGAAGAAAAUCUUAAAAUUAAAUCUACCAUAAUUGUCAAAUUUUUGCAACACCAAAAAGAAAUGCAAUUAGCCAUAAAUGAAAUGAUAUUAGCUGGGCAAGGUAAUGUGUUAGCACCACUUGUUGCUGCAAUUUUGGGCAUUUGCCAGUUUUUUAAAGAAUCUUCCAAGUUUUUGUUUCAUCAGACUAUGGAGCAUGCAAAUGUGGAUGAUAUUGAAAAGGACAUUACUCUUCCACUUUCUCCUUGUAUUAGUUUUGCUGGAACUUGCAUAUUCAAGUGUAAUAGUUUUUACUUGGUUGUUGAUCGGCAUGUUAUUAUAAAUAAUCUUGCAAAUCCUCUUUUGGCAUUGGUUGUUCUUUUUGCUGCAUAUUAUGUGUUAAAUGUUGGCUAUCCAGUAGAGAUUGCUGCAACCCUUGAGUUUUUGCAGAGAUGUAUCAUAAAAAUAAACCCUGAAAAAAGAAACAAAAUCGAAAAGAAGAUUGGUAAAAAGCAGUAUGUCGGACCUCACCCUAAAGUUAUAAGUUUUGUUAACGAACUGGGGCUGUUUGAAUGGACAGAACAGCAAUAGACGAAAAUACGCUUUGUUUUUAUUUAUUAUAACUAAUAAAAUAUAUUUUCAUAUAUAUUUGUUAUGUCUGUAUUAUAA